AUGCACGCACGCUUGGCACUCCUUGUGCUCUCUGCGACUGUUAUUUUUGCACACCCGAUCCCGGCACCCUCUGAUAUUGCGCACUUUGACGAGGGACAUGUUUUAGAUGGGGCCCUCAGGGAAGAACUUGACGACGGCAGGGCGCUCGUUGCCCGGGGCGGCGACGGAAAGCCGAGCGUUUGGGGAAGUUUGGGAAAAAAGCUCCGGAUAGCAAACUUCUGGUCGGAAGGUCCCAAAACAUCCUACCACCAAUUGCCAGACUCUGAUAGCGACACCGCUACGCAAGAAAAACACGAGGCAGAGGGCGAAAGACUGAAACAGGAGCACCAGCAUGCCCUGGAAACGCAUCGAAUGCUUCGGACGAAGGUGGUCCAAGCCACGCAGAAGGCUGAUGUCGCGAACAAAACCAAUAAAAGGGAGCGUACUGAGCAAACUCGUCAAGCGCACGAGGAGGCACAACAACACCUCAAGACCAGAAAAGACGCCGUGCAGCGGAAUGUAGGGGUUGUAAGAAAAACAAACGAGGCUGCGAAUCGAUGGGAGAAGAAGAACGCGGAGAGAAAUCUCGAGAAAGCAUCGCACACGAAGAAGACAGGGAAAGAUACGCUCCAAGCGCUUCAGGAUUCCUUGAGCACAGCCGAUGGAGAAACAAGAAAACGAAUUCUCAAGCAGAUCAAGGAGCAAAAGAGGGUGAAUGCGGUCAACAGGAAUGGGAAGGUUGUGGCGUUAAGAGCAUACCAGGUUAUUGGCAUUCCAGAUGCGGUGGCGGGCUUGUUUGGAUAA